AUGAAGCGAAAAGCGAAAAGUGACUCUCGAAGAAAAAAGCCUUCACGGCUUCUUCACAGCCAAGUCUUCACAGCCAAGCCCUCCCCUGCCAGGAUCAUCACCGAGGCGACGUGGGUGGCUGACAAACUGCCUAAACCAAACCUUGUCUUGCUCAAGCACUUGCUCUCUCUCCUCCACCACAUCAGCCAAAACGCCGAGACCAACAGGAUGGACUCCAGCAACCUGGCCAUCUGUGUUGGCCCAAAUAUGCUGAGCCCAGAGACGGACAGCACGCUCCCACUGGAAGUACAGAAGGAGAUGAAUGACAAGGUGACAGUGUUGGUGGAGUUCCUCAUAAACAACUGCUCAGAAAUAUUUGAGGAGGACAUUGCUUUCCCUGUCUGUGCCUCAGCUGAGGAGUCACCAGAGCACACAGACAGCUCCACAGGAAUCAUGAUCCCUGGAGUUCUUGGAUGUAGCUCCCAGGAGGAUGUAGAAAUCAAGCCACGUGAGCUGGGUGUCGGAAAUCCCCAGUUUUCUACAGCCAGUAGAAAAGAUGCUCCCAGCAUCUUCUGGGAGCAAUACAGGUUGGAAAAGCAACAACAUAUUGGUGUGGCCCUGAAGUACUCAUUUGUGAUGUACCUUUGAAUCCAUGUGGGGACUGGAUACGUAGCAUUGCAUUUCUUGUCAAGGGAGUAAAUAAGCAGGUUACCAGAAGAACAAGAAAAUAACCUAAAUCCACAUUUAAAUCCUGCAAUAUACU